AUGGAGUAUGGACAGACUCACAUAUAUGUCGUUUCAUUUUGUCUCCGUAGGCAACAAGAAGUCUGUAAGGGUGUGCCUGCAAAGAAGCACUUGAGCAACAAAGAAUCUAAAGAUGUGGCAUCAGUACUCGGAAGAGACCAAGAGAAGCACCAAAUAAUAUCUAAACUAGCAGACGACAAACACGUAAUCAAGACUAUUUCCAUCAGUGGACUUGGUGGCUCUGGGAAAACUACAUUAGCUAAAUUGGUUUUCAAUGAUUGCAGCAUUGUGGAGAAGCAUUUUGAAGUCAGACUAUGGGUUCAUGUGUCGCAAGAAUUUGAUGUUGACAAGCUCAUCAAGAAACUGUUUGAAGCUUUUGUUGAUAAUAAUCCCGGACAGCAUGCCCUGCCGUUUAUGAUCAAAACAAUCUCAGACAAGUUGACUGGAAAGAGGCUUUUGCUUGUAUUGGAUGACGUGUGGACUGAAUCUCUAAUUCAGUGGGAAAAGUUUAUGGUGCAUCUCAAGAGUAGUGGACCUGGGAGCAGGAUCUUACUGACUGCUCGUAGUAGAAGAGUUGCAGAAACAGUGCGAUCUAUAGACCAAUUUGAUUUGCCAUUCUUAUCUCUAGAUGACAGCUGGCAACUAUUCCAGCAAAGCUUAGUAAUUCCUGCAGAAGGUUUGGAUUCGGAAUUUGUAAAGGUUGGAAAAGAGAUUGUGAAAAAAUGCGGUGGGGUGCCUCUAGCAAUUAAAGCUCUUGCAGGUGUCCUCCAUGGCAUGGAACAAAUACAAGAAUGGAAGUCCAUGAGGGAUAGCAAUGUAUUAGAUGUUGAGGGUAAAGGGUGUAUAGUAUCUGCAUGCUUGAUGUUGAGCUAUUUGAACUUGCCUUCUCAUCUGAAACAGUGCUUCGCAAUUUGUUCACUGUUUCCUAAAGGUCACAAUAUUGAUAAAGAACAGUUGAUUGACCUAUGGAUUGCUCACAGUAUGAUCACUGGCGCAGAUGGUGUUGAUUAUAUGGAGUAUGGACAUAGGAGCUUUAAUUCUCUUGUACAAAUGUCCUUUCUACAGGAUGUGGAAGAAAAUCAUUGUUAUUGGAGAGUGACAUGCAAGAUGCAUGAUUUGAUUCAUGAUCUUGCCCGGUCCAUACUAAAAGAUGAAAUUUCACUUGCUGUACCAAACAAGGCAACCAGUGCCACAAUGAACUACAGAUACUUUUCUUUAACGGAACAACCAGGAAACUUUCCAUCCAAAAAAACUUUCAAAAAAGCACGUGCUAUUUUUGUUUGUCCUCCUUAUCAGAAGGGUGAUGAUACAAUAUUUGGCAACACAUUGAAGGACGCAAGACCCUUGCGUAGUAUCACCAUGGAAAAUGUGUUUCUGGUAGCAGUGCCCAAUGCCAUAUUCCAGGUAAAAAAUUUGAAAUAUCUUGCGAUUUCAGGACUAAGAUGUCAAGCACUCCCGGAAGCCAUUUCAGAUUUUUGGACCCUACAAGCUCUACAUGUCACCUGUAGUGAUCUCCUUGAUUUGCUUAAAACGUUUGAUUCAAUUGCUGAUUAUCAUAUGAUUUCAAGCAUUAAUCUUUCGUUUUGUAUGAUGCUGAGAAUGUUGCCAAACUAUAUUGGCAGGAAUGAAAAGCUAAGAGUUUUGAGACUAGCUGACACCAGAAUUGAGAGGCUACCAUCAAGUAUCACAACGCUGAGAAAUCUAGAGUGUUUGGACCUACACAGGUGUCAGGAGCUAGUAGAUUUGCCUGAAGGCAUCGGCAACAUGGAAAAGCUCCAAGUUUUGAACCUAGAAGGUUGUAAAAAAUUGGCAGGAAUGCCUAUAGGCAUUGGACAGCUCAGUCGACUACAAAAGUUGGGCUUAUUUGUUGUGGGAAUCUCAGAGCUUGCAAAUGUUUCUGAGAUCGGUGAGAAACUAACAAUUAGAGGUAUUGGACACGUGAUAGAGCCAAAUGCUGCCCACUUGGCAUGCUUGAAACAGAAGACAAACUUACAGAGGUUGGAUCUACAGUGGAUGGCAGAUGAUGCGGAAGAGCUGGUAAAGUUAAGGAUGCGUGGACUGCGUUAUCUGGGAGAGGUGUGGAUGGUAGCAGAGAGGAUUAUGCCUGAUGGAGAAGAGGUGGAAGGAUACUGCAAUUUCACCCCUCAGUUGGGACAAGUCCAAGUUGGUAAUUGCCUGACAGAGUUAGAGAUUUGUGAUUGUCCUAAGUUGGAGGUGAAGCCGCACCUUCCUCCGUCUCUGCAGCACUUGAAGUUGUGGGACAGUGAGCAGCUACUGCAGUCACCAAGCCAAUGCCAGGGGUCCUCUUGGUCCCCCAGUUUUAGCCACCUGGAGGAGCUUCAACUAUUGAAUGUGACAGGAUUAGGAUCUGGGCAUGGGUGGGAGCUGCUGCAACACAUGACGGCACUCGAGUCAUUGGAGUUUAUUAUCUUCUCUGGAGUGCAAACCGAGCUGCCUGAGAGCUUGUGGAGCCUCACAUCCCUCUGGUCCCUGAAAGUGUGUUGCUGGUAUAAUAUCAGCGUGCUACCCGAGUGGCUAUGGGAACUGGGGUCUCUGCAAGAGUUGACCAUCGAAUCCUGUGAUAGCCUGAGCAGCCUCCCCCAAUCAUUGGGUCAACUCACAUCCCUCCAGUUGCUAAAGAUAGCACGGUGCAAUGCACUUCGCCAAAUGCCCGACUGCCUAGGUGAACUCUGCUCUCUACGCAAACUCGAGAUUAUAGAGUUGCCAGAGCUGACUUGCCUUCCACAAUCCAUCUGCCGCCUCACCACCUCUCUUCAACAGCUCGGAAUCGUUGAAUGCCCGGGCAUCACAUCCUUGCCGCAGGGGAUGGAAGGCCUCGCCUCCCUUGAAAAGCUCUCAAUCAGGAACUGUACGGGCCUCACAUCGUUGCCGCAGGGGAUGAAAGGCCUCUUCUCCCUUGGAAAGCUAAGUGUCUGUAACUGCCCAGGAAUACGAUCCUUGCCUAAGGGCAUAAAAGGCCUCACCGCUCUGAAGGAAUUGCUGAUCCUUGGGUGCCCUGAUCUGCAGAGGCGGUGCAAGAGAGGAAAGGGGGUGGACUGGCACCUCAUCUCCCACAUCCAUCAUCUGGAUAUUUGA